AUGGCACGGCAGCUCAACUUGGACACAGUGUGGCAAAACUUCUGGAAGGAGGAAUAUCUAAGGGAGAAGAUGUUGCGCUGUGAAUGGUACCGCAAGUAUGGGUUAUUGGUGAGGGCCAAGCAGAAGGCUAAGGCUGCAGCCCGCCUGCCCCUCAAACUGCCCACCCUGACACCCAAGGCCCRAGUCUCACCGCCACCUGUCCCCAAAGCAGUCCCUGCCAAACCCCCUAGCCCUGUCUCUGAGGCUCCUUUUCAGACAGAAAUGUACCCAGUACUGCCUGCAACUCGGGCUCUGCUGUAUGAAGGCAUCUCCCAUGACUCCCAGGGGCGCUAUCACUACCUCAACACUCGAAAACUGGACGUGCCAGAGAAGCGCUACCUCUUCCCCGUCACCACCAACUUCACAUAUGGCUGGCAGCUGGGUACCCCAGCAAAGCAAGAACUGGCCUCCURCAAGAUGUGCCACAUAGAGUCGUUCUUCCGGAAGAAUGGGGCCUUUUCAAUGCUGGAUCCCCGGGAUCUGGCCCUCUGA